GGACGGCUUAAUUAAAUUAAACGACGAGGUCGUCAGAGUACAUCGUCGAUAUAAAAGGACCUUCAAGCCGAAGAACAGUGUUAAACCAGUUGAGAGCAGUGCUACGACAUGCUCGCCCCAUUAAUUCCGUUCUUCUUAGUCGCCCGCGUGGCGGUCGACGAGAACGUGUGGAAACACGGACCAGAGUACGCGUUCGACGUGGAGAUGAACAUCACCUCGUCCCCCAUGAAUCACGACGGUGUACAGAGGUCCAAUUACACAGCGAUGAAUCUCUUCUGCAACCCGGCAGGAUCCGACGGAUUGAACUGUCAUCUAGGCAACACGAGAGGACAGAGUAUGGACAUGACAAACGACAACAAAAUCGACGUACCGGAAGAAGAAAUGGAUAAACUGUUCAGCGAGGAACCGUUUGAGAUCAGAUUCAACGAAUACGGUGUCGACUAUCUCGUAGUGAACGAGAAUAUUCCCGUGGAACAUUUGAACAACAUCAAACUGAUCACCGAACGAUUCAACAUCGGCGCCGAUCUGAACGGGAUUCCCGACGGAACGUUCGACAUUAUGGAGAACACAACUAUAGGACUGUGCAGCGUUUCCAUCGCGAUCAAUCAUUAUCCGUCGAAGAGAAUGAUGAACAAGAUAAAGAACAACCGAUACGAGCUGGAGUCUUUGCCACAGUUGAACAAAGUUCCCAGCGAGACUAUAGUGAUCCAGAAAACGACCAAUUUGAAUAAUUGCAGCUCCUACGCUAGCUUCUAUUUUGGAUCCUACGGAGAUAAUGUGAUCGAGGCUGAUCUCAAUUCACAUCUAGAUAGCUCGUCGAGUCGUAUAUUCGUGAGCGAUUAUCAGUUCGUCUCGACGAUGACAAGGCUAGGAACCAUAGGUUUGGACGAGAAGAAGAAUCUAACAGCCAUAUCUCAAUACGUAAGUCUGUCUCUCCGCGACAUUCGAGCCGCUAAACGUGAGCUGGAGAAGAUCCCCGAGGCAUCGUCCACUACAAUCGUGGCGAAUUCAGAACUGACCAAGAUCGUCGCGAUGAAAUAAAAAGUGUCCAAGAUUACUUGGGGAAAAGAAAGAAACAUUCUACGGGAUAAGAUAAUCGCAAAGCUUUAGGUUAACGAUAGAUAAGGUAAUCGAUGUACAAUUAGAAUACGUUGUUAAAUGUACAAUGACAAAGUAUAAAUAGAGAAUAGUUAUUUAACAAAGAUCUGCGCACGAUUUUGUAACAAACUUUAUAUUCACCUUGAGACAAAACAGCAGACAAGAGACGAUUAAAAGUGUACAGCCUCAAUUAG